GUGCAGCCGUGUCCAAUCGCAGGCGUCCGGCCCGCCCCCUCCCCAGCCAGGCGCCGACCCCUGGCCGGCGGGGGAAGGGAACACAGAGGUGGAGACGCGUUUUCGCCUCUUGUCUUCCAGCUUCUGCCGCUGGAGUGACAGGACCCGAGCCGGAGCCGCGCGGAGCAGCCCCCCCCCGCCCCCGACCCCGGCGCCGCGCCCCGCUCCCGCCCACCUCCGCGCCCGGGACGCUCUCACCGCCGACCCUCCCCACGACCCACCUGAGACACCCACCUAAUUUCUCAGAAAGAAAAAUCUACCUCUAAACGCACCCCAUUCUUCGCUUGAGGACUACCCUCUUUUUUCCAUUUUGGCCUCCCUGCCGUGUGAGUGGAAACCGCUUGCACAUUCUAUCGAGCCACAGCCUAACCCAGACGAGCCGGAGAAUUUGUACCGUGACCGGCAGGGGGGGCGGGAGGAGCGAGCCGAGUCUCAUCUCCCGGGCUGCUGGCGACUUUGGGAACCGCGCGCCCCGCGCCCUCAGCCGCCCCCGGCUGCUCGCCGCCGCGCCGCCGCUCUCGCUCCCGGGCUCGCUCUUGGCCCUUGGCGGCCGCCAAAGGCUGCGGGAGACGCGGAGCGGGAGGAGGAGGCGCAGCCGCUGCGGGAGCCGGAGCCGGAGCCGGAGCCGGAGCCGCAGCCGGAGCCGCAGCCGGAGCCGCAGCCGGAGCCGGAGCCGCGGGGCGGGAGCGAAGAUGCACACGACUCAGAAGGACACGACGUACACCAAGAUCUUCGUCGGGGGGCUGCCCUACCACACCACCGACGCCAGUCUGCGCAAGUACUUUGAGGUCUUCGGCGAGAUCGAGGAGGCGGUGGUCAUCACCGACCGGCAGACGGGCAAGUCCCGGGGCUAUGGAUUUGUCACCAUGGCUGACCGGGCUGCUGCAGAAAGAGCCUGCAAGGAUCCCAACCCCAUCAUUGAUGGCAGAAAGGCUAACGUGAAUCUGGCAUAUUUGGGAGCAAAACCAAGGAUCAUGCAACCAGGUUUUGCCUUUGGUGUUCAACAACUUCAUCCAGCCCUUAUACAAAGACCUUUUGGGAUACCUGCCCACUAUGUCUACCCGCAGGCAUUUGUGCAGCCUGGAGUGGUCAUUCCACAUGUCCAGCCUACUGCAGCCGCUGCCUCCACCACACCUUAUAUUGAUUACACUGGAGCUGCAUAUGCACAAUACUCGGCUGCAGCUGCUGCCGCUGCCGCAGCUGCCGCCUAUGACCAGUACCCUUACGCAGCCUCUCCAGCUGCUGCAGGAUACGUCACGGCUGGGGGCUAUGGUUACGCAGUCCAGCAGCCAAUCACCGCGGCGGCACCUGGGACAGCUGCUGCCGCCGCUGCAGCAGCUGCUGCCGCUGCAGCAUUUGGCCAGUAUCAACCUCAGCAGCUGCAAACAGACCGAAUGCAAUAGACCUGCCAUGUGAUCAAAGUUUAAUUGUUUUUUCUUUGCCUCCCAAUUUUCCAGUUUUUAGUAGCUAAUAAGAGAGUGAACAAUGACUUAACAGCUUUAAAAAAAAAAGAAAAAGAAAAAAAGCUAUGCUAUUGUGAAGCAGAAUCAUUAUUUUUUUUACACUCCAAUAGUGUUCUACAUGAGAAAGAGGUGAGAAUGAGGGCAGUGGGUGCAGUUUUGGAAAUCAAUCCCAAAGAGCCUGAAUAAAGAAAAAUGAUGGCAGAAGUAACAGUGGAACUUAAAUUUUAUAAUGGGAUUUUUAUUUUUGCUGUUUUUAUAGUAUCAGGGAAGCAAACUGCCUUUAACAAGUUAGAAAAUGCUAUGUGAAUCUAGUUGAACCAGGGAACAGAGUGAGCAAUAUGUAGCUUGAGUUGCAUUUAAAAGCAGUUUUUUUAAACAAAAUGGUGAAAGCACUGAUUGUCAUUUUUAAUAGUCAUCAUGGUCUACAGAACUUUUUCAAGUAAGAAGGUGAUAAUGUUCCUCCUCUUUCAAAAAUGGGCAUCGAACAAUCAACCUAGGAGCAUGGCAGUGGGUAAAAUGGUGGACAGGCACCAAAGCUAUUUUCUGAUCUAUCCUGUGGAUGAGCAGGACUGUGGAACAAGUGAUGUGGAAUUAAUGAGUGCAACAGUUGUACAGACAAUCAAUAACACACACAGUUCUGGAAAGAACACAUCACUUGUGCUUGUUUGAUGAGCUUGUCACAUUCUAAUCCCUCUCCCCAUCCUGUUUCAAUUUUGGGAAACUUGUAUCUGCUGGUGUCAGCAAUUCUGAUUCUGAAAUAGGAUCAGGCUUUUACUACAACAGCCUUCUCUUUCUAUUUAUUGUGUUGACUCGUGGCUUAUGAAUAAAGGCAAAGUUUGCAGACUCUAAACCCUUAAGAACUGUCUUAAGGACAUUUAUUUUCCCUUUUUAAAUAAUUUUACACCUUUUUCGUAUAUAUUUCAGAAUCAUAUUUAAAACUAUUUAUUAGUGAAUACAGUACAUGAGACAACAAGGUUACUGAGAUUACAAUUCUUCAAAGGUUAAUGGUAAUGUGGUUUAUACUGUGCCUUAAUAGUAAUGCUAUUUAAGAUAUUUAUUUUUAAGUUUUACUAUGCUGCACUCUAAAGAAAGGAACUUUAGAUGUGACACUGUAAAAUUAUGUAUUCAUCUCAUGGCAUAAAUUAUUUAGUAGGUCUAGAUGUAGCAUAUUAAAUAUUAACCUAUUCAACUAAA